UCAUCCAUUCCAUAUGUGGCGUCAAAACUCUCCCCUUUCCCUUCAGGCCGUUUCCUUCAUUUUCCUCCAGAUUCCCCAUCCUUCCUCUCUCUUGAAUCUUUUUUCAUUUCCUCUUCUGUUUCUGAUUCUUCAAAUUCUAAUGGCAGAAACCUCUGCUCUUUGUUUCUCUCCCUUCUCUUCCCUCCCUUCUAACAUUUAUCGUCCCAGAGAACCCAAUUCAUAUCUCUCCUUUGCCUCUCCUUUUAAAUCCUCAGCUUCGCGCUCUCGCUCCAUUCGAUUCACUUGUAAAGCUUCAGACUCUGGCAACUUCCUCGGCGAUGAAUCUCUUGGUUUCUUUCCUUGGUCCGAUGGCGACAACGAUAUUGAAUGGGUUCGGGAAGAAAGAAUCACGCUUUUCACAACUGAUGGGCUCGUUCAGAUUGGAGGCUCUGUAGUUCCUCGACUUGUCGCUUCUUCCAACAGGAAGCGAGGGAAAUCAAAAACUUCUCAGAGAUUUCAACGUUUUCAAGAGAGUGAUUACAUGGACCCAAAUCAAGGCUUAUGCUUGGGUGCACUCUUUGAUAUUGCAGCAACUAAUGGACUUGAUACGGGGAGAAGGCUUUGUAUCUUUGGGUUCUGCCGAUCGAUUGAGAUGUUGAGUGAUGUUGUAGAGGACACUGUUUUGGAGCAUGGUGGGGAGGUUGUGACUGCAGAGAAGGCCAUCAAAGGUGGAUUGCACGAAAAGCUAACAAUGACGGUGGCAGUGCCAUAUCUUUGGGGGGUUCCACCUGCUUCCGAAACACUCCGUCUUGCUGUGCGGAGUGGUGGAGGGAUUGUGGAGAAGGUUUAUUGGCAAUGGGAUUUUUUGUAAACCAAGAAUCUUUUUACCACCAUUGGUCCAUUCUGUACAUAAACUAAAAUAAUUGUAUUAUGUAAAAAAUUCGAUUGUCGUUGUAUUCAUGCUCAAUGUGAGCUUGAUGUUCAUAUCUAAUUGAUUAUUUGAGACUGCCCUGUACCAUUGGCAGUGCCAAGUUCCAAACCUUGUUUUCUAUAUCGGAGUCAAUGACAGUACCUAAGAAGCUAAUGAUAAUCUUCUGAACCCCCUGGGUUUUCUAUUUA